UGGUUACAAGGAAAAUUGUGUUGUUACACAAGUAGCAAAUUUUACUCGACUGAUAUUCGUUUCAUCUCUAAUUGAGAGCAAAAAAACCUAUAUAGCUUAACAAGUGAAAAAUAUCCGCAUCCUUUACCUUACCAAAGAGGCUAUGCUGAGACCAAAUUCAUUAUUACUAAAAGAGGGGAAUAGGGGAACCUGAUUUGAGCACAGACGACAUCCAGAGGCAAAAAAGUGAAAUUUGUAUUUGUUUUUGUGUGUGCAUGUGUGUGUUUUGUGGAAUUUACCACAGCCGUUUGCACUAGGUCUUUUCAUUUUACUCUUCCGUGGUUAAAGCAGUGAAGCACCUCCCAGUGGCUCUGUCACUGACCUAGCAAACUCUCUGUAUAUAUACACCGGGCUAUGCACUUUUGAGGGGGCUGAAUACUGCCCUAUAGCUGAGGGUCGUUUCGUGUGUCCGUAGGGCUUCCUUCCCCUCAUGACCCUCAUUCUUUUCCACACUUAACUCCAUGAAGGCUGGCCUACACUGAACAUGUCUAACGGAUCCGGUAGGACCUGUCUUUCCGUGACUGGAAUCUGAUUGGAUGUGUUUCAGGGACGGAUUCCCCCAUUUUAUACCAAGUAGUGACAGAUUUCUUGGUGCCCGCUGAAAUAACAGGAUUCAUCGGACAAAUAAGCUUGAAUAAGACUGCUGCACCUCUGAUACAUGUUUGACCAAGCUAAGAGUAUGGGCGAUGGAGUCACCGAGGACCGAAACCACUUUGGACCCAAUUCGUUGCGCCGCGACCGCGGUGGAGACGCUAAAACUCUGGCGGAAGUGGGAAGCCGCAGUUCCGGCGACGCUCAUGCGGGGACAUCCGCGUCCACCCCGAGCUCCUCCAGCGAGGACGGACACGACAAACUGUUAGGAGUGGACCCUGACUACUGCCGCAGGAUUUUAGUCCGAGAUGCUAAAGGCACUAUUCGUGAGAUUGUUUUGCCCAAAGGCCUGGACUUGGACCGGCCGAAGCGUACGCGCACCUCUUUCACGGCCGAGCAGCUCUACCGGCUCGAGCUUGAGUUCCAGCGCUGUCAGUAUGUGGUGGGGCGAGAGCGCACGGAGCUCGCCCGCCAACUGAACCUCUCCGAAACUCAGGUGAAAGUCUGGUUCCAGAACCGACGUACCAAGCAGAAGAAAGACCAGACCAAGGACUCAGACAAGCGCUCUUCAUCCACCUCUGAAUCACUGGCCACAUGUAACAUUCUGCGUCUGCUUGAGCAGGGGCGCUUGCUGUCAGUGCCUGCACCUCCUCCCAACCCACUGCUGGCACCGCCACAUGCUGCCAAUGGCUCACUCCUUGGAGGCCCAUCUGUGUCCUCCUCCUCUUCUGGGAGUGGAUGGAUGGGGAGAGUGAGCACUAAAUGGGUGGCCUGGUGAUUUGUGUGGAGCAGCUGAGGAUAGGGGUGCAGGACCCGACAGCUGUGUCACAAAUAAAGGUAGGCAACACCUUUAUUUAAGAGAUCUUCUAUUAUGUUGUACAUUUAUCCAAGAUAAAAUUAAGAGAGAAUAUUAUGCAAUUCUUCAACUUAAUUUGCAGUCAAUAUGAAAUUAAUAAUUGAAUUGAAUAAGUUCUAUAGUAUAUCUUUAUGCAAAGUUUUUAUUUUAGGUUUUAUAGAAAUUGAAUUCAUUUCAACAAUACAUUUAUACCAUUUCCUGUUCCGUGACUCCUUAAAGCAGGGAACUAUUCAGAGUCUACUGACAAGUAAAAAAUCCUUUCAAUUGAAACUUGCAUGCUCCAUUUUCUUUUUUUUCAUUGUUUGGGUUAAAGUAAUCAGUGUUAAGCCUGUUGUGUUAGGUCUGGUUCUGGCCUCCACAGCUUUUGCCAUGCAUCACUGUACUGCUUUCCUCCCUCCCUUUUUUUCCUACCUCCUUCUCUUUUCUUCAUCCAUCCGCUCUCUCCCUAGUCCCUGUUCAGUGACCCUGCAGGAGGCCUCUUCACUAAUUAGGGUCACUAAUUGGGGGGUGAUGGGGCUGGGGGUCCCUUCUACACCUGCACGAAUCAUGUGACCCACUGUGAGGUGCACUGGGCCAUAGAUCAUCCACUGGGGCAGCCAGAAUGGGGAGAGGAAUUGGAUCAGCUGUGAGGCCAACAGGAUUAGUGGAAGAGAGACAGGGAGGACAAGGGGGAAGUCACAGAGGUGCAUGAGCCAAAGGUGGGCUGAGUUCAAAUUUGGCCCCCUUGGGGACUAAUUGCAGGCUGACCCCUAGGGUUGAUCAGCUUCCUAGCAUGGUCCACUUUUCUCAGCCGGGGCGCGAUUAAGCCUGCUUGUUUUGACAUGCUUCACACAAUCUGCUGACUUGACCAUUAAGGAACCAUUUGACAUUCCUGGGAGAGAAGCAGGAAUGAGGCCUCUUGGGAACACCUACAAAAAAGGUAAAAGGUGAAAGAAAAGUUGGGAAAGUAAAAAAGUUUAGCUUCAAUGUCAAUUUUUGGCAAGCAAUUCACCAAUUUGAAAAUAAAUUCGAUAUUAAAAAAUGUAUAUGAAUACUAUUAGAUAAGCACACUCAGGUUUAACAUAUUCAAUGUUUUGAUUCUACAGGAAGGAACAAGUAAGACAGAGGGUGAAGAAACAACCUCAAGGACCUCCACUCUCAUUUACUCUGAUUCAUUAUUCACUAUUAUUUGACUACGUUUACAGAAUGAAGUCCUGAUGAUGGUGUUUGUUAUUUGAAGGGAAAAGGUUGCAGAUAAAGCUGAGAGCUUUAUUUCCUAUUUUCCUUAUGUCAUCUCAGGCCCUUUAUAGCCAGAUGGACCUUCAUAAAGUGUGAACUGAGAAUAAGAGACUAACAAUUCUAUAGGUGAUUAGACAAAUGCUUUCUCAAAAGGAUCUCAGAAUGAUGUAAAGAGGGAAUUAAAAACAAACAGAGCACUAAAAUGAAAAUGGUUUUGUAGGGUUUUAUUAAAUAAUUACUCUAAAAUAAUUUAAAAUCAAACAAAAUUCUUAUAGACUUCUGGAAUUCUUCAAUAUUUAAAAUAUAAUCUCCAUCACAGAGCCAAGAUUGAAAUGUUCUGAGCUGUGACCUUACGUCGGAACUACACAAAUAGGACCAGACCAGUUUCUAAUUUUUAGUAACACAUUAUUUGUUUUGUGUAUUGUUCUAAACAUUGUUCAUUAUUCAUAAUUCAUAGAAUUGAUCUAUAUUGCAUAUUCUAUAUAUAAGAAAAAAACAAUUACCCAGAAAAUAUUAACUAUUCACUUAUGGAUGUAUCACCCUCAGUUACCUCAAACUUGAAUAUGAUUGAAAAUUUAAUUGCAUGUAAUCUGCUGUAUCCUUCUGUGCACUUCACCAUAUUAAUCUAAAAGUUGAAACAUUCAAGGUACGCAUUCAAGGACCAUUCAAGCAUCAGUCUGUUUAUGGAUCACUGUCCUGCUCUCAAAAAUGUAGUGUGUGUAACUAUACUGCUAGUUAAAACAUUGUAGACAAAUGGGGUGUUCCCUCAGUGUUUCAUGCUUACAGGGCUGCUGUAUAAUGGCUUAUAGCACCAGGAUCUGUUGUAUGGAGAGCAAUGUACAUGUCUGCUUGCUUCUGGUGUAUUUGUUUUUAUUACCCAAUUGAUGCUCUCUUUGUAAUUGAUUGUCUGUGAAUGGUACUUUGAAUGGUAAUUUGAUUGCUCUCUGAACAAAUAGGUAACAUUUGCCAUCUUGUUCACCAUCUUUGGCACUGCUCAGUGCUGGAUUUGUUUUUAAUAUUGAGGUGAGAUGACAUAAAAACUGCCUGCAAAUUGGACCUGACAGCACUAGAUACAAAUCCCCAAUAAAAGCUUAUCAGGGUAAUUUACAACGCUAUGUUUGAUAGCGUUUAUUCCCCCCCUAAGUUACAAUUUUUAUGUAAUAUCUACUGCAAACACUGCAGCUUUAAUGCAGUCAGGACCACCUGUGCAAUAUAAACACACCAAUAACCAACAUCAUAGGUAGCUAAGUUUCUCUUUUGUCCCAGGUGUUAAGCUCACUUAUUUAUUAGAACAAUUGAUCAUUCAUUUCCUACUUGCAAUUACAUGCUUAAUUAUUUAUUAUAUUUAAUUGCACAAAAAAUUAACCAUCAAAUAUUUUUAAUUAAACACAAAAACAAUACAUUAUAGAUUAUGCUACAUUAAUUAUGCUAACCUAGAUGGAAGCAAUAUUUAGAUAAAAGCACUAUGCAGAUUUUAGAGAACAAUUACACACAAAGCUUUAAAUUCAACGCAGCUAAAGAUCACCCAAGUAUGGCCAGACAUACUGCUUUUUGGCUCACCCAGAUCAGUGCUUGAACCUCAUGCUGCUGCAUCAUCUGAAAGGAAGACAGCUAUGGUACAUGUGGUCAAAUUUAUUAGAAUGUCAUUAUUGGCUUAUAACCAUGCAGUUAAUUUGGUGAUGCUCUUGCUUUUGACCAUGUUUUAUCACUGAAAUAACUACUACAAUCAACUACAAAUGUACUACAAAAUGCUUGUUAGAAGAAUUUUUAUAUGCAACGCUGAGUAAAAAAAAGGCAAAUGUCUGAUUAGAUUAAAUCACACAAGUAAUAAGGAUAAAUUUCAUAUCUGCCAGUGUCUCAAGAGACUUCAAGAGUGACAUAAAAGCAAUAUAAUUAACAAAGCAGCUGAUAUGUAAGAGCAUGAAGAAUUUUUUAAGUCUUUUGUGGGUCUGUUCUUAAUGUCUUUAUAGGCCCUUGCAUUAUUGACAUUACUAAUGACAUUGACAUUACUAUUACUACCUGUGAGGGUCAAAAUACUGGUUUGAUGUUUUUAUCUAAUAGGUAAUACAUGUCCCUGUCCAUCAAUAACUAUGUUUUUUGCCCCUUGUUAAUAAUAUCAACAUGAAACAGUGAAAACAUGGAAGAAAUGAUACUAAAUUAUUUCAUUUCCUCAUCUUUCAGUGUUGUCUCCAUGUAUAUCUUACAGUAAAUUUCUUAUUUUAACUUCAUGUCAUGAUCCCCGUGCACUACUGUAAUGAAUGCACAUUCAAUCUUUAGAAUUAAAUAAAUGAUAAACAGAAAAUGCCCGCUAAGACAGGAUGUUGUGGCAAUGGCCUCUUCCUUUUCAGUGUAACGCUGAUGUGAGGACUUGAAUGAGGUGUGUAGCCAGACAUUCUCUAUAAAAAAACCUAGCAUAUUUCCCGCCUAAAGCCACCUCCUCGCUGCUAGACCUAUUGACCCCAAUUUUCACUUCCAAUUUCAUUCCCCCGCCCAAGGACAACUUGGUCUUUAUGCCUUUUGCUUUUGUGCCAUGUACCAGCACUCCCACACACUAACUGUGAAUGUGUUUUGUUUCUCCUCAUCUCUGUUCAGAAUCAAUUACCCUCCAUGUCCCUGUGGACUUCAUUGCUCUCCUUUCUAGGAGUAAGAAAUACUGUGAACUCCUGGAUUUUUAACUCAUAGACACUGAAAUAUCAUCUUGAGGUUUGUAUCCUGUAUGUUGUUCUGUGGUCUUGUCUAACUUAUGGUCAUGAUGACUUUGUGUCUUGUACCAAAAGUUGAUAUGGGUGUAUGCACCCAAACUGUAAACUAUAAGCAGUGUUUACAAUCACAGAAAGACUUAACUUUCAAGGACA